AUGCCUGUUGCUGAUGAAAUCCAGUCCUCAUGGGCUGAUGAGGUAGAGAUCGAUCAGGGAGCACUGCCUCCUCCAUCCGAAGUAGUUGAAAAUGGAUUGAAAAUUGUAACAGAAUAUAAAUAUGACAAUGACAACAAGAAGGUUAAGAUUGUCCGUACUUACAAAAUUGAGAAACGUGUGGUUUCUAAGGACAUCGCUAAGCGUAAAACUUGGAGCAAAUUUGGUGACUCCGCCAACGACAAACCUGGUCCAAACCCUGCUACUACUAAUGUAGCUGAAGAUGUGUACAUGCAGUUCAUUACCAGCAAAGAGGAAAGCCAACGCCCUGAUGAUGGCGAACUUGAUGGACUUAAGCCCCAAAGCAGCAGUGUGAUCUUCAAGUGCAGAACCUGUCAAGGAGACCAUUGGACCUUGAGCUGUCCAUUCAAGCACACCCAACUGGCUCAAACCAAAGCGAAUGAAGCCGCUAAAGCUGCAGACUCAAAAACCACCCCAACCAACAAAUACGUGGCGCCGUUCAUGCGCGAGGGUGGUGCUGGCCGUGGUACAGGGCGCGAGCCGCCAGGUGCCCGCCGCGAUGACGUCGCUGCUAUCCGUAUUUCCAACCUUAGUAACUUCGCGGUCGAAGCUGAUCUUGACGACCUCGUCAAGGGUUUCGGUCCCGUACAGAAGUUGUAUCUCGCCAAGGAGAAGAGCACCGGACAUUGCAAAGGUUUUGCCUAUGUACACUUCAGGUUCCGUGCUGAUGCUGCUAAGGCUAUCCAGACACUUAAUGGUCACGGUUAUGAUCACUUGAUCCUCAACGUAGAAUGGUCGAAGCCUCCUCAGAACAAUUAA